ACAACACACCUGCCUGACCUACCCUGGCCACGCCUCCCAGUCCCAGAGGCCGGAGCACCGAACCGAACCGAACGCAGUUAACCCCAGCCGCACGCCUCGUGCAACAAGGGCUCGCCGCCAGGGAGAAGGAGAAAUUCCGCGUGACAAGCGCGCGGCUCCCGGCAGCAGCGGACAAGUGCUCGCGCCUCCCUCCGCCCGUCGCCUGCCCUGCUUUUGAUGGGUGGGCGGGCGGCGGCGCAGAUGAGGAGGGCGACGACGCGCGGCAGCGGACGAGAGAAACGGGACAGGGGCAGGGCAGCCAGCCACGCACGACCACGGCCGGCCCCCCUCCUUUACCCUCCCCGCGCCCCGCUUUCGACGCUUUUGAGGCUGAGCCCCAAUCUUUUCUUCCAUUCUUUUGGGCCCCGCUGCUUCGCUGCUUGUGUUGUGUUGCGUUGUGUGUGAGUGACCCUAAACAAAGCCUAGUUGGCAUGCCCACAAACUUAGCCUUGUCUUUAACGACUGAUUGUCUUCGGGGUAGGGGGUCUAGACAUCUACCAGUAGCAUUUUCUGUGUGUGUUAGUACAAGUGGUACUGUAGGCAAAUGGGAGGAGUCACUUUAGGAGCCAAAUGGCAUGAUUUCCCUCUCCUCUCCUCUCCUAGUGGUGGGUUUUGUUUGAACGGAUCUGUAGUGGUGGUGAUUUAGGCGUCCCAAUAUUCUAUGCCUUGUUGUUUAGAAAGAACGCAGGCAUCCCACUUACUAAUCCCUGCAUUAGUGAACUGCGCUUUCUUUACUGAAGUAGUAUUAAUAAGAGAUGAGGUUGUCUCGUGCACACCUGACAGGCUGACACACACCCCCACAGUCGAGACAGCUGACCACCCUGCAAAUUCCAGUCUGUACGUACGUACGUACGUGCUCAGCAGCAGUGUUCAUCUUUCGAGAAUGUAAGUUUUGAAUCUUGUGAGUUGUGAUGCCUUAUGCAUGGAGUGUAUUAAAUGCUCACAGGAAAAACCAGACUACUAUCAAACUCUGCUUAUAUAUCUUCAUAAAAAAAAACGAACUCAUCUGCAGUACAGAGGUUAACUGGAGCGCUCGUGCCAGGUAGAUCUAGAAACCUGCCUGCGCCAUUAACAAGUACACUAUCCACUGCCACCCACCAGCAUCAACCACCAAGAUUAGGCAACCUCACAUCCAGUCUCUCAAAACGGAAUAGAUAAUUCAUAACCCUUGAUGCUUUUGGCCUGUUUGUCAUCGUUUGGUGCAGUGCACACCACUCACCACUCACUCACCAACUGCUACUUGCAUGCUGAAAAUCUCUUGCACAAAAAGGUCUGGUAGGGGAACGUGCUACUUUCGAUGUUUUGUCAGUUUGGUAACACAAGGUUUGUGGCUCUAUUAUCAGGAGCUGGAGGCGUUAAAGGCUUUGCACUGAUAUAUGCUCCCAUAACCAUACUCUCACUCCAACCCACAUGUCUGUCUGAUGUCUCAUGUCGCUGUAUCAGGGUUUGGGGGGUAGAGAAGCCUGAUUAGGGCACAAAUUACCAGGCUGGCUGAAAAGGUUUCCCCUUUCCCUACCCUGGUUUCUCUGGACGCAAAAAAAAGAAAGAAAGAAAAACAUAGAAAACCCGGAGGACUAGAGCGAACGAGGGUUUCAGACCUGACCUGGGGCAUGCGGAAAAGGCGUAGUGGUUAACCUAUUCAUUCAUCAUCCGUCACAGCAAGGAACGAACGGAACCCCAGGACAGGGGAAAAGUUGCGUGUGGCGUUUUUCACAAGAUGUCACAGUCAACGGCCUUUUUGCAGGCUCGCCACUAGCGUUGGCGCUCGCUUGUGCUGUAUAUAUGCACAUACACACGCAGACGCAGUGCUCAGUGGGGGUGGAUGCAGAGCAGUUGGAUCGGGGACACACACAGAGAGAGAGAGGGCUUUGCUUUCCGUUUUCCUCUCCAAAUGGCUCAUUUAGCUCUUGACCGGAAGAGUGGAGGGUGGUGGUGCGGGUAGAGAUAGAGAUAGAUGGCACUCGUCGGUGUGGACAGUGCUGGGUUCCUUGGAGCUUAGCGUGACUUCAUCAGAAGACGCCGUUUGCCUGCCUGGCUGCUUGGUCUUGGGUCGACGACCGGAGCCCCCUCCCUCGUGCUCGCCUUCUUCCUCCCUGUCCCUGUCCCUGCUACCGAGUUUCCGGGCGCUGACCACUGGGCAACUACAGCUGAUCUCUUUCUUGAUUGACUCUUAGCUCUGCCGCGGCAUGGAGGUGGAGGCUCUGGAGAAGAAGGGGCACGCAGCUUUUGCCAAGGCGAUGAAAUCUUUCGGCUCUUCCGAGCGGUACAAGCGAUCCACGAGUGGCAGAUAUUUUGAGGAUAUGUAUGCUACAGACGCUUUGCGUUCUUCAGACAAGACGAUUGUUCUACCUAUGCCGGAAGUGGUAAAAGCUAAGGUCAAAUGUGAUAUCACUAAGGAAGCUCAACCCGGGAGGGGAGCACAAAGCACCUUGAGAAAGGAGAUUCUUCAGCUCGAGAAGCACCUCAAGGAUCAACAGGCUGUGCGUGGUGCGCUGGAAAAGGCUUUAGGGCCUAACGCUGGCCCUGUCAGCUUGUCGCCAGAGAAUCCAAUGCCACAGGCAGCUAAUGAAUUGAUACGGGAGAUUGCUACAUUGGAGCUGGAGGUCAAGAACAUGGAGCAGUAUCUCCUGACGCUGUACCGGAAAGCAUUUGAGCAGCAGCAAGCGCCUGCGUUUUCCCCCCCUGACCGCCGGGAAGCUUCGAAGCCGUCAGUGAGCUCGCGUUCUGGGCAGCUCCGGGAAACGCCCAUGGCAACGAAGUCUUCUUGCAAGAGUAGAGGGGACGCAGCACUGCGGUCCAGUUACCCGCCAGCGCAUAAGAAACUGAACGAUCCAUUGGCGGAUUGCUGCACAUCUGCUCGAUUUGAUAGAGUGGUUGAUUCAGACGUCCUCCGCUGCCAGUCUGCGUUGUCAUACCGUGGAGUUUGUUCGUCCAGGAUAUUGCCUUCGGAGGACGAUAGUCUUGCAAGGGCUCUUCGCUCGUGCCACUCGCAGCCUUUCUCAUUCGUAGAGGAAGGAGACACCGGUGCAUCAGGGAUGAUAAGCUUAGCAGAGUAUCUAGGAACUAAUGUAGCUGACCACAUCCCUGAAACUCCAAACAACCUGUCAGAGGAGAUGGUGAGAUGCAUGGCGGGGAUAUACUGCAGACUCGCAGAUCCUCCCUUGGUUCACCACGGCUCGUCCUCUUCACCGUCGUCGUCGUUCUCCUCGACUAGCGCAAUCUCUCCGCAGUAUGUGGGGGACAUGUGGAGUCCCAAAUACAGGAGAGAGGCGACUCUGGACUCCCGUCUGAUAAACCCGUUCCAUGUCGAUGGUCUGAAGGAGUUCAGUGGACCUUACAACACAAUGGUUGAGGUUCCUAUGAUUAGCCGGGACAGUCGGAGGCUGAAAGAAGCCGAGGACCUGCUCCAGACUUACAAGUUGAUUUUGUAUCGGUUGGAAGCCGUUGAUCUGAGGAGAAUGACAGAUGAAGAAAAGAUCGCAUUCUGGGUCAACAUACACAAUGCUUUGCUGAUGCAUGCUUAUCUGAAGAAUGGCGUCCCACAGAACAAUCUAAAGAAAACAUCCCUACUUGUUAAGGCUGCCUGCAAAAUAGCCGGACGCAACAUCAACGCCGCCGUCAUCCAGAGCAUUGUUCUUGGGUGCAACACACACUGCCCCGGACAGUGGCUACGGACGCUGCUUUACCCCAGGAUCAAAAGCAAGGUGAGCAAAGCGGGGCAUGAGUGGCGGGCCUUUGCCGUUGCGCAACCGGAGCCUCUUUUACGCUUUGCGCUUUGUUCCGGCAGCCAUUCUGAUCCCGCGGUGAGGGUGUACACUCCGAAGCGGCUGUUCCACCAGCUGGAGUCGGCCAAGGAGGAGUUCAUCCGGGCGACGGCCGGCGUGUGGAAGGAGCAGAAGCUGCUGCUCCCCAAGCUGGUGGAGGCGUACGCCAAGGACGUGAAGCUCUCGCCGCAGGGCCUCGUGGACAUGGUCCAGCGCUACCUCCCGGAGAGCAUGAGGAUGGCCGUGCAGCGGUGCCAGCACGGCGGCAGGUCGUCGGGCAAGGUCGUGGAGUGGGUGUCCUACAACCCGGCCUUCCGCUACCUGCUCGCCAGGGACCUCGCGUUCCCUCACCUCAGCUGACCGUUCGUUAAUCUUUAGUAGUAUAUGCGUGUGUGCCAUAGGGUUAGAAGUAGAGAAGGGAUCAUGUGCAGUUUUUGUGUGGUGGUUGUCAAUGGCUUUUGUAGAUGAUGAACAGGAAACAGGGGAAGAAAUGAGAGAAAGCACGUUUGACAAUGGAC